AUGACACGCCCUACAACUACAAAGAUUCUUGUUGAUUUGAGAAUCGCCUUAGUUCAAUUGAAUCCUCAAAUUUCUCAAUUGGAACAAACCAUCAAAAGAUCAUGGACCCUUCUCAACAAUAUACCGAAGGGCUCCAAAUCUCCAGAUUUGAUUGUCUUUCCUGAAUUUGCACUCACAGGUUAUAAUUUCCAUUCCAGAGAACAAAUACUUCCCUAUUGUUCAGACUCUGUCUCUGCGAAGGGACCUAUUUUCCAAUUUGCAAAGCAAGUAUCAAAAGCCUUCAAUUGUUAUACCGUUAUUGGAUAUCCUGAGCGUGUGGAUGAUGGUUCCGACUUAUCAGUGUUAUAUAAUUCUGCUGCAGUGGUGAAUGCGAAUGGGAAUCUAGUUUUUAACUACAGAAAAUCAUUUCUAUAUGAAACUGAUAAGGAAUGGCAAUGUGAAGAGAAUCCUGAAGGAUUCCAAACGUUCCCAUUAUCCUUCCUACAGAAGGGCACAGAUUUAAAGACGGGGGAGAAAGUGGAUGUUAUUUUGAAGACUGGGGUCGGGAUAUGUAUGGAUUUAAGUCCAUAUGAAUUUAAAGCCCCAUUUAAUGAUUUUGAAUUUGCGACUUACCAUUUAGAUCGAGGAACAGAGUUAAUCAUUUGCCCUAUGGCAUGGUUACAUUCUUCCUCGUUGACAGACGCGGAGGAUAAGAACGAUAGAGGUAAGAAGAUGUUAAUUAAAGAGAAUUUGAAGCUAAAUGGGGUGCCAGAAUAUGGCUCACAAGGUGAUUUUCAAAUUAAUUUUAACCAGAAUUCAAAACCAGAUAGAAUUCGUAUGGACUCAGAGUUUGUUGAUAAAGAUUAUGAUAAAUUAAAUGAACCUGAUAUGACAAACGUGAAUUAUUGGAUGCUGCGAUUUUUGCCAUUUUUGAAUUUACCAAUUCGAAACAAUUGGCUCCAAAACAAUGGAGACGUACUGGGUCAAAUUAUGGAAAUGAAUGGAACGAAGUCAUACAUGGGGGCUACACAAUCUGAUCCCUGGAAGUUCAAAGGAAAAAAUGCCCUGCUUGCUAUAGCAAACAGAUGUGGGGUGGAAGACGGAACUACAGUUUUCGCUGGCAGCUCUGGUAUUUACAAAUUUAACGGAGAGGAUACACAUGAAAGUGAUCAUAUCGAUACCACAAAUGAAAGUGUAUACCUCUAUGGAAAUAUGGGGAAGGGGAAAGAAGGAGUCCUAAUUCGUGAUGUUGAAUUUGAGAUCGAUCGCUAG